AUGAAGCCAUAUGAGUACCAACCAAUCGACGACCCCAAAGGCAAGAUCAGAAUCCUCAUCCUCUUGCCGCCAGCCUCGUCUGAUGACCCCGAACUGCGAUGCCAUCUCACGACCGCGGAAAUUUCAGACAGUCCAUCAUAUGAGGCUCUCUCUUAUUGCUGGGGGACUGAAGCGUUAACUGAGAGGAUUCAUCUUCCCAGUGGGACAUUGGCGAUCACUAAGAACUCGGCAACUGGAUUGAAAAGGUUGCGAUAUCGUGACCGGCCUCGCCAUCUAUGGGUCGAUGCUGUGUGUAUCAAUCAGCAGGAUGAUCAAGAGAAAGGCCAUCAAGUUGCUUUCAUGGCACAAAUCUUUCGGAAUGCAGAGUGCGUUUCGGUAUGGCUAGGUGAAGGCAAUGCCGAAAUUCAUGCUGGAAUCGAAACCAUUAGAAGACUUGCCGACUCAGCUUGGAAAUAUGGUCUACAAUCCGAUCGACCUUUCUUUUAUGCCGAGCAACUUUUGGGGAAAUUAUGGGAUAAGAAUAAUGGAAUAUCAGCUGCGCUGCUCCGGCUUUCAUGGGAUAUCGACUUUACCUCACUUAACGCAUUCUUCGCCCAGGCCUGGUUUGAUAGACUUUGGAUCGUCCAGGAAUUUGUAUUGGCAUCACGAGUUGAAAUCCUUAAUUGUCACGACUUGUUAUCAUAUGAGGAAGUCCUACUAGCGGUAGCUCUCGGCUUUCUGCUUGAAAGGCAUCCGACUACACAACGUCUAUCUGCAACGCAAUUCUUCAAGACUGUCUACCUAUUUAACGAUAGGGAGGAUUUUCACAGAAACAAACUAGAGUUCGACCUACUGGAUGGGCUGUGGUUCCAUGGUCGACGACUAUGUACACUUGACCUUGAUCGUGUCUACGGAACACUCGCUUUGGUAUCCAAGGGGCCAGGAUUAGACCUGGAGAUAGACUACAGUAUAAGCGUUGAAACGCUUUAUAUUCGACUGGCCUUGGAGUAUCUAAAGAAUGGAAAUCUCGACAUUCUUAAUUAUACUAGUGGUUAUUCCAAGAAAACCCCGGCUAUUGGAAUCAGCCCGAGUUCUGGGUACGUUCCGGGGCCGACACUCCCAUCUUGGGUCCCAGACUGGAGACACGAGCGCAAGGGAACGUCAUUUUUGGACACAGAACCCCCAUUUCUAGCAGCGACAAAAUUAUCACCCAAAGUCUAUUUCGAAAACUUUAAUACCUAUAGCGUGGGAUUUGACGGUGUUUGUGUCGAUAUAGUCGACAUUUCGAUUUCCUUAACAGAGGAGAUCCCGCUAGAUUCCACACUGGGGUUCCAACGGGCAGUAGAAAGGGUUCGGUUGUUCGGAAAUGCUUUCAGCAGCAGGACGACGACGAACUCUUAUCCAAUGGGGGAAGAUCCAAAGUUGGCUUUUGCCCGAUGCAUGCUCCUGGACAAUAGGGAUACCGAGAGUCUGAUCAGGUUAGGUAAGACAAUCAGUCCCGAAGCCAUGCUGAAAAUGUGGGAAGACUGGUAUGAGUGUCUUGUGGAUAACAAUGCUCCUUCUCAAUCCAAUAUGGAAUGCUCUACCGUGGCGCUUAAGGCAUUGCGCGAAAAGCAUCGGGCAUACACCACCUCGAUCUUAAAUAUAUCUACAGGGCGGACAUAUAUCAUUACCAAGUCUGGAUAUAUUGGAAUUGGUCCUGGCUUCGCUGAAGCAGGUGACGCGAUCUGUAUUUUCGACGGUGCGCAAACCCCUUCUAUUCUUCGAAAAGUGAGCGGCAACGAGUUGGUACCCGAUGGACUUCCAGCGACUGGACAGAAAGAUCCCGACCAAGAUCGUGAAAGAUGGAAGAUUAUUGGAGAGUGCUAUCUUCACGGGUUUAUGAAUAAUGAGGUGGUGGAUUCUGAAUGGCAGGAGAAGAGACGGCGGUUCUGGCUUGUUUGAAAACUAGUUGCCAGUUCCCUGUUACGUGCGCGUCCUUGUUUGAUUUACAGCGCUGUUUUAUCUGGAUUGCAUACGCCUUCAUGCUCUCAAUUUGCACGAUUCAGUUUCUCACACUAUUUAUGUAAGCUCUAUCUUCGUGUUGCACUCAGUCAAUCGCAUCAAUUCAGCUUGACAGCAGUGUUUUUAGUUUGCCCGCCUUUCAUAUCUUAUGUAGGAAAGAAGAGGAAGGGAAUAGUCCUGGGAAGGAAGAGGAAAGAAAAGAAUUGAAGGGCCUAGGAAAGGCAAGCCGAGGAGAGUCUUAAAAGGGGAAAGGAAGAGGGAGGAAAGUAGUCCAGUAUUCUUAAGCGUCCCCCUUUAAAGUUUUACCUCGCGAUUCUUAUAAACCGCUCCCCAUCAUUUAACUAGCUUCUUAAUAGUUUCG